GCCUGGCCGGGAACAAAUAAAACGGGGAGCCGGAUUGAUUAUUCCCUUUUCUGUGGAGAGAGCUGUGGUUUGCUUGUUUUUUCAUACAGUAACAUUUAUUUACACCGGGAAUAGAGAGCGGUAUCGACCACCAUGGGACAGUCCCAGUCUGCUAAUAGCGGCGCGGGGUCGUCUGAUGAGCCGCAAAAAAUAUGUUACUAUGAGCUUCUCGGCGUAGCAGAGGAUGCAACAGAUGUCGAAAUUAAAAAGGCAUAUCGCAAAAAGGCCCUAGAACUGCAUCCCGAUCGAAACUUUGGCGACGUAGAAGAAGCAACAAAAAAGUUUGCAGAUCUCCAGUCUGCGUACGAAAUAUUAUCCGACCCCCAAGAACGAUCAUGGUAUGAUUCGCACAAAGAUGUCAUCCUCCGCGGAGACGACGAACCGAGCCAGGCGCCGACAACGUACCGCAACGUUCGACUCACAUCGGCCGAGGAGAUUAUGAACCUGGUCGGCCGGUUCAACGCAAAUGUCAAAUUCAACGACGAGCCCACGGGCUUCUACGGUAUCCUCCGGGAAAUGUUUGAGCACCUAGCUCUGGAGGAAGAAGCGGCCGCCGAAGCUGAAGGCACCGAUUUACCCGACUAUCCCACCUUUGGACAAUCUGACGACGAUUUCGAGACAGUGGUCAAGCUCUUUUACAAGUCCUGGGCCGCAUUCGCCACACGGAAGCGGUUUACAUGGAAAGACAAGUACCGACUUGGCGAUGCGCCGGACCGCCGAACCCGCCGCUACAUGGAAAAGGAAAACAGCAAGUUCCGGGAGGAGGGCAUCCAGGAGUUCAACCAGACAGUCCGCUUCCUAGUAUCCUUUGUCAGGAAGCGCGAUCCACGAUACACGGCCAACUCGCAGACCGAGUCCGAGAGACAAGCCGCCAGUCGCAACGCGGCCGCCGCACAAGCCGCCCGAUCACGCGCAGCGAACCAGCAACAAGCUGAAAACUACGAGCUACCCAGCUGGAUGCAGCCCGAGACUAGGGAUAGAGAUAGCGCCGAGUACCAUUAUGACGAGUCGGAUGCCGAGUCUGUCGUGGAGAUUCUCGAGUGCGUCUUUUGCGACAAGACAUUCAAGAGUGAGAAGCAGCUCGAGGCACAUGAGCGGAGCAAGAAGCAUAUCAAGGCUGUGCAGGAUAUCCAGCGCCAGAUGAGAAAGGAGGGCAUUGACUUGGAUUUGCCGGAGAAUGGUGCUGGCAAGGAUGAUACCCCAGCGACAGGAUCGCCGCAUUUCGAGAUUAUAGACGAUGAAGCUGAUACACGAGUGGAGGGGAGUGUCGCGGUAGAUGAGCUCAACGAUAUGAGCUCCAUGACACUACAGGAUGACGCGGACGAGUAUAUCCAAAUAGAUGAGCCUGUGAAAUCGGCAGUAGACACGCCAACGUCCGACGGCGACGCUGUGUCUGACAGAGAUGCCACGGCAUCUGACGCCGCAAACCAGCAGCCCGACAGCGCGCCAGUCAAGAAGAUUGGCAAAGCCAAGGCCAAGAGAGAGAGAAAGGCUGCGGCGGCGGCCAUACCGGACGGGGUACGGUGA